AUGCUGGCGAUGGCUCGGGAGCUGCAGAACCGCCAGCAGAGGGAUAAUGAUCUCACGGCCGAGGUGCAGCGGCUCGGCCGCGCGGCCGAGGCUCGACCACGGGUGGAGGGACAUGUGCUGCAGCCUCGAGCUGAGUCGCUUGUGGACACUCGCACGCUGGGCAAGCCAGACGUGUUCACGGGCGAGGAGCACAAGUGGAACGAUUGGAAGGUGAUCUUCAAGGCGUACUGUGGCGUUGUGAACGCUGAUUUGCUGGCAGGGAUGCGGCUGGCAGAGAAUGCUGACGAGGCCUCAGUCCAGAUUGGCGACUUCAUAGAGGAGAAUAUGAGGCAGGCCUCGCAGCAGCUGCGUUACAUUUUGCUCCUCCUCUGCCGGCAGCACCCUCUGACGACGAUCGCGAAUGCUGGCGAGAGUGAGGGCUUCCAGGCUUGGCGCAAGCUGGUCGAGUACUACGAACCGAAUGCGAGGUCCCGCAUCGCGGGGCAGCUGUUGAAUCUCCUGAACUUCACGUUCGCGGGCGAUGUCGAGGACAGGCUGGAGCUGUUCGAGCGAGAUCUCCUCAGGUACGAGCAGAGGAGCGGCGAGGCCAUCUCGGCCUCCAUGAGGAUCGGCAUCGUCCUUCGGCAGCUCGAGGAAGGCCCUCUACGCCAGCACUUCUUGCUCAAUGCGACCAGGCUGGCGGGGUGGGAGGAUUUCCGACGCGAGGUCACCGACAUCCGCCGUGCCCAGAGCGCCAUCGCCCCGGUGCCCGUGCCCAUGGAUCUGAGUGCGUUCGCCAAGAUGACGUCGACGAGCACGACUGCGCCGUCGGCGGCCAGCUCUAUCUCGACGGCUGCGACUGCGAGGCUGAGUCCGGCGACGGCGAUGUCCGGCGCGAGCUCUCGGCAGGUCGCGGCACUCUACCUGAGCGACGCGGACGAGCAGGCCAGCUACCCGUUCGCGAACCCCCACUCCCUCAUCAUCUACGACCCAGGGCCAGAGAAGGCGGACGUUGUCGACUCCGCGAUCGGCGCGGCCCUGGACCUGAAAAUGAUCCACGGCAACUCGGAUGCGGAGGAGGUCGAGCUCAACGGCAUCUUGUGCGUGGGCAUCGGCUCGUGUGCGGCGGCAUCGGUGCUGCCGCGUGGCUCGUGCGCAGACUACCCGGUGCACGAGGGUGGCCAGGCGAUCUCGUGCAAGACCGCUUCCGGCCACUACGUGGACGACGAGGGCGUUAGGGUGGCGGACGUCAGCAAGCCGUUGCUGAGCGUCGCGGAGAUGGUCGACUCGGGCCAUCAGCUCGUCUUCGCCUCGGAGGGCGGGCAGGACAUUAGCUACGCGCAUCGCGAGACCAGCGGAGACGUCGUCAAGUUCUGCCGCAGGAACAAGGUCUACGAGAUGGACAUGCACGUUGACCCGCGCGUGCCGGAGGUCUGCCCGGCCGAGGCGGCAGGCCGCGAGCCCCCCGAGGGCGAGGCCGGCCAGCCAGGCGCGGCUCACGGGGAGGUGCUGCGCGAGCCCUACAGGGCAUGGUGCCUGGAGUGCGCCUCCGGCAGGGGCCUGUCCGCAGGCCAUCAGACGAAGGGCCGCCAGGAGUCGGCGCUCGCGGUGGUUGGCAUCGAUUACGGCUACCUCGGUGAACGAGAGGGCGCCGCGCUGCUGCUAAUAGGGAAGGCCCGCAUCGGGGCCAAGCUCAAGGAGGAGCACGGCAUCGAGACGGUGCCCGAGGAGAGCGCGGUCGGCGGCUCUCAGGGCAACGGCCUUGCCGAGCACGCGGCGCGCGAGGUCAAGGCCAAGGUUAGGACGGCGCGGGCGCAGGUGGGCGACCUCCACGGCGUGAGCAUUGGCGUCGAGCACCUGGUGACCCCGUGGAUGGUCGAGGUCGCGGCCACUUGGAUGGCCGCGGCGGCUGCUAGGCGGUUAGCGCGGAUACUAAGGGGUUAG